AUGUCUGGCUACGACGGAUACAACAACCAAGGCUACUACGGCCACCAGCAGCAGGGUGGUUACAACCAGGGUGGCUACGGCCAAGGUGGAUACGGUCAGGGCGGAUACCCCCAGCAGCAAGGAUACGGCCAGCAGGGUGGCUACGACCAAUACAACCAGCACCAGCAGCACGGCGGCCAGGGUGGUGGUGCCUCUAGCGACUACUACGGCGGUGGUGGACAGUCCCAGUAUGGUGAGAGCCAGUACGGCCAGCAGCACCAGGGUGGUCAGCAGUACGGCCAGGACCAGCACGGCGAAUACAACCAGGGUGCCCCCGGCGGAGCCCAGGAGGGUGAGCGUGGUCUCGGUGGUGCCAUUGCCGGUGGUCUGGCGGGCGGAUUUGCCGGUCACAAGGCCGAUCACGGAAUCCUCGGAACCAUCGGUGGAGCUAUCAUGGGAAGCAUCGCCGAGGAUGCCAUCAAGAAGCACAAGCACAAGGACGAGCAGCAGCAGGACUACCAGAGCGGCUAUGGCGGUUACCCCCCUCAGGGUGGCUCUCAGUCCCACCACAGCGGUGGUGGCAUGAUGGACCAGCUCGGCGGCUUCUUCAAGCGAUAG